UGUGCAGGAGAGAGAGAGGAGAGGAGCCGAGCAGAGAGAGGAGCAAUCGUCUGGAAAUCGUUUCACUCACACACGCAUCUCUCCGCCGCGCAAGGUGAAUCGUUGAACGAGAAAAGCUGAGGCAGCUCCCCAGUUGUUGCGAGAGAGGGAGAGGACCGUUUCCAAAUCAGGCAUCCGACGGACAGAACAUUGCGAAUUUAUUUCAGUUUCGCAUGCAGUGGGAAAUCUCAGCAGGGAAGACUCAGUGGGAAUGAUGGCACAUAAGCUUAGUGUCAGUCACUAAAUUUUCUAGCAAGGGAAUGCAGUGACACCGGUUCAGAGGUGCGCUACCUUUUAGGGUUCCCUUCCACUAAAGAAGACGGACAACACUGACGCUUGGUCUCGCAAAAUUCGACUUAUCACUCGUUCAUCACCGAGAGAAACCAUCUAGCAGAAUCCACCGGACCAUUACUGGGAUUCUUGGAAUUGGACGGAAUUGCAGUCCCUGAUAGUUUCUGUGGAUUUUUUUUUUGUCCGCCAGGGAUAUUGCGUUUUUCGUACAUUCUGGAUUCUUUACCGUUGGGUUUUGAGUGCUGAAGUGGCUGCCUCCGGGAGCGGAGAGGGGACUCGGCUCCCAGCUCAAGAGAAGCGCACGGUGCCGGUAGACCGAGGAGUUAUCGCCCGCAAAGGCUGAAGUGCCAGUCGGUGGUGUGAUGGAACUGCUGCUGGGCGCUGUGCUUCUCUGGGCAUCGCUGCUGGGGUGCUGUGGCCAGCCUCCAGCCGAAAUCCGCUACAAGCUGCCAGAGGAACAGCCCCCCAACUCCCUGGUGGGCAGCCUGGCGGCCGACCAGGGCCUCCCAGACUCCGGCCACCUGUACAAGCUGGAGGUGGGCGCCCCCUACCUGCGGGUGGACGGCAAGACGGGCGACAUCUUCACCACCGAUUACCCCAUCGACAGGGAGACCCUGAAGGACUGUCGGAACCUGUUUGAGGGGGACGCCUGCUUCCUGGAAUUCGAGGUGUCCAUCACGGACCUGAACCAGAACCAGGGCCCGCGGCUGAUCGAGGGGCGCAUCGAGGUCCUGGACGUGAACGACAACACCCCGCAGUUCUCCUCGCCCAUCCUGACGCUGCCCAUCCCGGAGAACACCCACGUGGGCACGCUGUUCAACAUCCCGGUGGCCAGCGACAAGGACUCCGGGAGCAACGGCGUGGCCGACUACGCCCUGACGGCGGGGCCGGACGCCGCGGCGCUCUUCAGCCUGCAGGUGGCGGAGGACCAGGGGGAGAAGCUGCCGCAGCUCAUCGUCAUGGGCAACCUGGACCGCGAGCAGAAGGACUCGUACGACCUCAACAUCAAAGUGGUGGACGGGGGGAACCCCCCACGCUACAGCAGUGCCUUGCUCCGGAUCACCAUCACCGACACCAACGACAACGCCCCCAAGUUCGAGAAGCUCAGCUACGAGGCCGAGCUGUCGGAGAACAGUCCCGUCGGACACUCCGUCCUUCAGGUGAAGGCUAACGACUCUGACAUGGGGCCAAACGGGGAGAUCGAGUACAAUCUACAUCAGGCGUCCGAAGCCGUCCAGAGGCUGCUGCGGAUCGACCGCUCCAGCGGCAUCAUCUACGUCAAGGGGCUGGUGGACCGGGAGGAGGUCAGCAUGCUCAAGUUCCACGUGGUGGCACGGGACAAGGGCCCAGCCACCAAAACCUCCCGCGUCCCCGUGGUCAUCAAUGUGAAGGACCAGAACGACAACGCGCCCACUAUCGAGAUCCGCGGGAUCGGGCUGGUGACCCAUCAGGACGGCGUGGCCAACAUCUCCGAGGACAUGCCCAUCGGAACACCGGUGGCACUGGUGCAGGUGUCCGACCGCGACGAGGGCGAAAAUGCUGUGGUCACCUGCGUGGUGGCAGGGGACGUCCCGUUCCAGCUGCGGCCGGCCAGCGAGUCUCCCAACGACCGCAAGAGGAAGUACUUCCUGCAGACCACCACGCUUCUGGACUACGAAAGGGUCAAAGACUACCGGAUCGAGAUCGUAGCUGUGGAUUCUGGCAACCCGGCUCUCUCCAGCACAAACUCCUUAAAGGUCCAAGUCACGGACGUGAAUGACAAUUCGCCCAUCUUCUCCCCGCUCUUGUUUGAGGUGGAUUUCGCAGAGGAGAACCAGCCGGGGGAUAAGGUCCUGGAUGUCACGGCCACGGACGCGGACAGCGGCACCAACGCCGAACUCACCUACAGCAUCAUUGUGGAUUCGGCAACAAAGGGGCUCUUUGAAAUCAACUCCAACACCGGGGAGGUUCGGGUACGGAACCAGUUGGACCGUGAACAUCGAGAGCGUUAUGAGUUCCACGUUGCAGCGGCCGACAAGGGCGUCCCUAGCCUGCGAGGCACAGCCACGGUGGUUGUUAGGGUGCUGGACCGCAAUGACAACGACCCCAAGUUCAUGCUGAGUGGCUACAGCUUCUCCGUUUUGGAAAACAUGCCCCCGCUAAGCCCUGUUGGCAUGGUGACGGUCAUUGACGCGGACAAAGGGGAGAACGCUCGGGUCCAACUGUCCGUGGAACCGGACAACGGCAAGUUUGUCAUCCAGAACGGCACCGGCACCAUCCUGUCCAGCAUCUCGUUCGACCGGGAGAAGGAGAGCACCUACACGUUCCGUCUGAAGGCGGUCGACGGAGGAGACCCUCCGAGGUCCUCUUACGUGGGCGUGACCAUCAACGUCCUGGACGAGAACGACAACGCUCCCUACGUCACGAGACCCUCCAACUCCUCGUACAAGUACCUGCCUCCUCUCACAAGUCCCGAGACGCGGGUGGAGAGGGUGCAGGCGGAGGACAUCGACACCGGACCCAACGCGGUCCUGGACUUCAGCAUCACCGGCGGCAACCCCCACGCGCUCUUCCGAAUCUCUCCCACCGACGGGGAGAUCACGCUAGCGAAGGAGUUCACCCGCAAACACAACGGGCUGCACAGGCUGGUGGUGAGGGUGAGCGACAAAGGCAAACCCCCGAGGCACACCACCGCCCUGGUGCACAUCUACGUCAACGAGACCAACGGGAACAUCACGCUGGUGGAGUCGCUGGUCGGCCACAGCCUCGACACCCCCCUGGACAGAGACAUCGCCGGCGACCCGGACUACAGCCACGCCGCCCACCGCAGCAACAUCCUGUACGGCAGCCUGGCUGGCAUCGCCGGGGUCAUACUGGUCAUCAUCAUCGUGAUGGUCAUCCGCCACCACCUCCAGAAAGAGGCCAAGAGCGGGUACCAGGCGGGAAAGAAGGAGACCAAGGACCUGUACGCGCCCAAGCAGGGUCCCAAGAGCGGAAAGACCAAGAAGGGCAAGAAGGGCAAAGCCCCAAAGCCGGCCAAGCCCCUGGAGGAGGACGAAGAGGCCAGCCUUCAGAAGAGCCUCAAGUUCAACCUCAUCAACGACGGGGUCAACGACAGCCCCAGGAUCCACCUGCCGCUGAACUACCCCCCCGGCAGCCCCGACCUGGGCCGGCACUACCGCUCCAACUCCCCGCUGCCCUCCAUCCAGCUGCAGCCCCAGUCCCCUUCGGCCUCCAAGAAGCACCAGGCGGUGCAGGACCUACCCGCCACCAACACCUUUGUGGGAACGGGGGACAACAACUCGACCGGCUCGGACCAGUAUUCGGAUUACAGCUACAAGGCCAACCCCCCAAAAUACAGCAACAAACAGCUGCCUCACCGCCGAGUGACAUUCUCGACAGCCAAUCAGGCGCAGGACCUGCAGGACCCCUCCCAGCACAGUUACUAUGACAGCGGCCUGGAGGAGUCAGAGACCCCCAGCAGCAAGUCGUCCUCGGGGCCCCGCAUCGGGCCCCUGGCCCUGCCCGAAGACCACUACGAGAGGACCACCCCGGACGGCAGCAUCGGCGAGAUGGAGCACCCCGAGAACGGUGCUGUUUCGGGCGCUGACCAAGAGAAGGGAGCCGGCCAAAAAAGACUGCCUUAAAAAUGUGUUUUUUUUUUUUUUCUUCUUUUUUAUAUGCCCAUAAUUUUGAUCAGAGCGCAAUUGCUUCCUCUCUGCUGCGAUUUGAAGGACCUUUCUUUCGCCACACUCUGCUUGUGGUCCGUUCGGCAUUUCUGCUUCAUGUUCGUCAAAUAUAAGCCAGCGCUACGCCAUUUUGUUGUGGAAUUUAAAACAAAAACAAACAAAAAAAAAAAAAUCUUUUUACAAAAAAAAAAUAAUGCUUGUGAAGACAGUUUGAAAAUGAACAAAAAUGGCCGCGGCGGCGUCUUUCCCGAAGACGACACCAAUGUUCGUGGCUCCAUUUUUCUUUUAUUUUCCCCGAAGCACAUUUUUCUCGAGACGCUCCCCCCGCUGCGGACAGCGCUGCCUUUUUUCAUGCGGAUUUAAUCGCGUUUCUGACGGAUCCUUUUUCUGACUGGAUUAUCUGUCUUUUACCACUUUUUGGUGUGGUUUUUUUUCUUGGGCUUCUUGGUGACGGUUUGUCGUUUGCCGACCCCCCCCCCCCCGCCCCCCCCGGGGGAGGGGGGAGAGACGCGCGUUCGAAGGAAGAUGGCCUUGCUGGAGUAGGACUUUGUUGCGGACCCUGUGUUGUGUUUUUGCUCUCUUUGAGUUGUUCUGUGGAAAGGACUGCACUGAGUGACAGGCUAUGUAAUCAGCAGUUGUUGGCAGGUAGGUUUCAUCCCCUCUCUUGGCCGAGAGCCCAUGUCUUCACAACCAGAGAGAAGAGUAGUAUUGAUCACUUAAUAAUGUUCUCUAACCUUAGAAAGAAUUGUGCAAUGGUUAGCCUCUUUCCCGUUUCUUACUCGUUUCUCCCUUGAAUAAACCCACCGGUUCAGGACAGACCACACAUUCGAACGAAAUCGUCUUCUCCUUGUUCUUCAAAGCGUUUCUCAGUGAAGAGACCUGAAGUGAAAAUUGUUUUCAGACAGAAGGCCAUUGUGGCAAAGAUUGUCGCUCAAGGAGCAAACAACGGUUAAGAACACAAAUGAAAGAUACUGGGCUGCAGUCAAAGACUAGGUUGCUGGAAAAGGUGUAGUGACAGAAUAACUCUGGUUCUCUAUUUCUUGGAAGAGGCAAUUGCAUUGGUUUAGUUGGUAAAGAAAAUAGGCUGGAUUUACAAAUUGUUAGAAUAGUUAAAAAAAAUGGUAACUACCAAUUAGACUUAGACUUUGCACAUCAUUGAAAAGAGAAUUUGUAUUUAUGUACUUAAUUUAGGGCAUAUUCUUAAGUAAAUAUAUGGUAUGUUUAUGAAACAGGGGUGUUUGCUGGGAUGGUUUUCAUCAUCCAGACUAAUUGCAAUCAGGUGUCCUUUCUCUUUGUUUGUCUGAGUAAUACAACUCUAUCUUUACACUGGGCUGCUGCUGGUGUGCUGUGAAAUAUGUAUCCUUAUACUAGUGAGAGAUGUACAUAUGCCUAUGUGGAAGUCCAAAGCAGGUACCUGUGAAUGUAAUUUGUACUCAGUCCUUUUUAUGAUAAUAAAGAGAGGUGUAAUACAA